AAGGCAUAGCCAUUUGUUUUUGCAAAGAAAGAAAGAAAGAAAGAGAGAAGGAAACUCGAAAAUUUCAUCACUGAGAACACACACAAAAGAAUGGCGUUCUAUGGCGAUGAAGACGAUCUAUGGAAGUGUCCAAAACACCCUUCCAAACGACGGAGGAUUGGGAUUUGUCCUCUCUGUCUCCGUGACCGUCUCGUCACUCUCUGUCCUGAUUGUGCCAACGUCCGUCCUUGUAAUUGUUGCGCUACAACCAAUACUACCACUACUUCUUCUUCUUCUUCAUCUUCUUCUUCUUUCUCUCGUUUCUCCUCCGCCGAUCUCGGAUCCGUCGGCCGUCUCUCCAAUCUCAUCGACGGUGAACCGGCUUUCCGUCGUUCUCGCUCUCUCGCGGCCAUUCCGUUUCUGAGAUCGCGAUUUGUUGCUGAUUCUGUUGAUGAUUGUUCCUCUUCUGGUAAUAACAGUGCUAGAACGUCGUCGUUUUGGUCGAUUUUCAGGUCGAAGAGUAAGAAGAGGAACGACGGUGGGGAAAUUGAUUUCAGACGGAGGGCAAAGGAAGUAGCGGAAGUUGAAGAGGCGAUGAGACGGAAGUUGAUGAUCCGUUCGAGAUCGGUUGCGGUUGCUGAUUCCGGUGGGAGAAUUGUCCGGCCACCGGUCAAGCCCAGGACCUGGUAUUUUCCGAGUCCGAUCAAAGCAUUCCGGCAAACGAAGAUUUCUAAACCCGUUCUCACGGAACGUUCUCCGUUACACCGAGGUUGAAUUUUGAAUUUAUUAUUUUUUUUCCUUCUAAUUUUUCAAAUUUCGAAUUGAAAAAUUAAAAAAAUAUAUAUAUAUAUAUAUAUAAUAUAUAUAUAUAUAUCUCUCAAAGAAAGACGAAGGUGAAAUUAAAAGAAUAUUUUGCACAUUAUUAUUAUUAUUAUUAUUAUUAUUAUUUAUAAUUUUUAUUAUUGUAAA